GUAACCACGCGGUGGAGACGUUUUCUCGUAGAAAACCAGGGGUCCAACGAAUUCCGAAACCAGCAGCGCCGAACUGACCAAAACCAACACCCUCUCCGUCCCCUUCGAUCCGAUCUCUUCUCCUCCGCCUCCCACCACGGCCAUGGCGUCCUACUCGCAGUCCGACGAUCCGGCUGCGGCGAAGCGCCCCCCGCAGCAGCAGCGGAAGCCGCCGUUGCUGAUGCUGCUCCCGCUCAUCUACGCCCCUGCGCUCCCGCUUAUCAGGAUCGGGCUGCGGCACAACCCCGUGUGGAGGGACCGCCUCUUCUACGGCGUCCUCGCCGGCGCCUUCGCCCACGGCACCUACCUCAUAUCGGAACUAUAUGACGUGGAGAGCAAAUGACUUGCUUCACUCCAAAGAUCAAGAGAUGCAGCAAAUUUUGAUUCUAUUGAAAGUCAACAUUGGAUGAAAGCUGACUGGUUAUUCAGAGUAACAAGUGUGCUCUAUACCUAUUUUUUCUCCAAAUCACGGUUUAUGUUCGCUAGAAGGAUAGAAAUGUUUGAGCAAACAAAAUAAUUCUGAUUGCGAAUUCCAUUUGAUGCAGUUACCCGUUGCUGCUGAGUGCUUUGGUUUGUAAUAAUAGGCUCAUAGUUGCUACCGUUUUUUACCACUUCUUUCCUCUAUGGGUGGAGAAGUAGAAUCGCGCAACUUGCAAAACAGCUAUUCUCUACUCUUGAAAAAAAAUCUCUGACUGGAUG